UUUACUUCUCUCAACUUGCAGGAAAAUGAGUAGCUCUGAGGAGGUUUCUUGGAUUUCUUGGUUCUGUGGACUUCGUGGUAAUGAAUUUUUCUGUGAGGUGGAUGAGGAUUACAUCCAGGAUAAAUUUAAUCUGACCGGACUGAACGAACAGGUGCCCAACUACCGACAGGCACUUGACAUGAUACUAGAUUUGGAACCGGAGGACGAGAUCGAUGACAAUCCGAAUCAGUCCGACCUGAUCGAGCAGGCAGCAGAAAUGCUGUACGGUUUGAUACACGCUCGAUAUAUCCUCACCAAUCGUGGCAUAGCUCAAAUGAUAGAGAAAUAUCAAAGCGGCGACUUUGGCCACUGCCCGCGAGUGUACUGCGAAAGUCAACCGAUGCUUCCAUUAGGUUUAUCCGAUGUGCCCGGAGAGGCAAUGGUGAAAAAUUACUGUCCUAAGUGCAUCGACGUCUACACACCAAAGUCAUCGAGACAUCAUCACACGGAUGGAGCCUACUUCGGUACUGGCUUCCCCCAUAUGCUGUUCAUGGUACAUCCCGAGUAUCGCCCGAAACGUCCCGCCAAUCAGUUCGUACCACGCUUGUACGGCUUCAAGAUUCACUCGUUAGCCUACCAAAUUCAACUUCAGGCUGCUGCCAACUUCAAGGCGCCGUUGCGAGGGUGAAGUGCUCGGCGAAAGUCAUCGAUAACUGAGGGACCGGACGCAGCAACGUCAAGGAGAAAACAGUUUGAUUAGCAGCGGCGCCUAGACGUGGCGCCACCAGGGGACGACAACCUAAUUAAUACAAGAAUUAUACACAGAAAGAUAAAAGAAAAACAAAACAUCAACCAAGCGCGGUAAUGAGAAACGUAACUAGGGGAAGGAAUAAUUUUUUCUAGAUAAAUAAGCGAAAAACUGAUUAGCAAAAAAACCAACAACAAACAAAGGAUAAAAUAAAAAAUAAAAGCAUAUAAUUGUACAUCCUCCAUACCACCAAACUCUUAGUAUCAGCCACAGAAAAUUUCUAAAAUUGAAGCUAUCGCUAUAGGGAUACAGAAGGUAUUGUAUCACAGUAUAGCUAGCGGAUAAAACAACAAAACAUUCUCAUAUGAGAGGAGGAACAUCAUUCUGGUAACACUAACAAGAAUGUCGUUUUUAAAUAGAAUUGAAAGUUACUGUUAGAUUGAAAACAUUUCGCGUGUAUCGAAUCCGAACAGCACAUUACGAGUGACGCGCGGGAUCAAUAAAACCACAUUGUGUUUAAUUGGACAAACAACAAAUCGUCGAAAAUUAUUAAGAAAUAACAUGAGCAUUCACAAAAAAAUAGGGAAUCAUUCGGUCAACCAAUAGACAAAUAUACAUAAUGGAUAGGAUUAUUCGCCGGAAUGGAAUCCUAAAUAACGACACGGGAGGUAGUGGCUACGGAACGGAACAUACAACAUACACCACAUGCAUUUGAGUCCAUCCUUUACGCAGUAAAAGGCAUCUUUCAAGCGAGCGAGCGGGCGAACGCGGGCGGAUGUAACGCGAAACCUAUUGACAGAUUUAUUAGUGAAAUCGAUUUCAACGCAAUACCAAUGCGCUUGCAACAACAGUGGGGGCAAGGUAUAGGCGAAAUGAACAAAACAAUUUUUUGAAACCCGUUGCAAUGUAUCUGUCUUCUGAAAAGCGCAAAAAAAAACGAAAAGCGGAUAAACUACCAACAAAACCUGAGUUCGAGCGUGAACACAAAAAUAAUCAUGGAAACUGAAACCAUAAUUUUACUCUCAAUUACUUUUCCUUUUUAAUUAAUUUUAGUUAGGCUUUGUUUGUUCCGUAUCCAGUUAGGCUUAUGUUAGUUAUUCCGAAAUGGGGCGGCAGAACAGAUUGAUUGUGUAAACCUGUAAUAUACACUUAGCUAACAAACAAAGUGGUAGAGACAAAGUCAGCUCUUGUAUGCGCUGCUGACGUGCGGCGAGCGAAUGCGCGUAUGUAAAUUUAUGGAUUAAGCAGACUGGAAGUGACGAGAACGACGACGGAGAAUAAACUACACUUUGCAAAUGUAUCUCACUCGACACGGAGACAGACGGGAAAGCGGAAGAAAUAGAGCAGUUGACCUGCACACGUGCAAUCGAAAGCAGGCUACUCGAUUUAUUAACUUUAAUUACGGAAUAAUUGGAGUAAAACAGGCAUGAUUAUUUGCAGAACAAAACAAGAAACAAAAAAAAAAACGGAAAUAGAAUAAUUAUUGCUCUAAUUUUAUUAUUAUUAUUGCUGAAGUGAUUAAAUUUUAAUAAAUUAUAUUACAAAACAAAGUAGAA